UGAGUAUCCUGGGACCAGAACCAGGCAGAAUCAUCAUCAGAGAGAAAGAGACUCCACCCAGCAACUGAUGGGAGCACAAACAGCUAAACAUUAGGCAGAGCUCAUGGAGUCCUGCAGAGGAGGCAGAGUAAAGAUGAGAGGAACCGAGGGGCCAAGGACACCGCGCGAAAACAGCCCACAGAAUCACCUGACCCAGGCAGAUGAUUCUGACUGGAUCCUGAUGAGCAAUUAGCAAGCCAACGCACACAAGAAGAACAGCUGUAUUUCCCUCUAGCUCAGCCUCGGGACGAUUUCUUGAUCCACACUUUUUUUUCGUCAAUGGGGCUGUGUCCUCAGAAGCUAGUGGCUUAAUUUCCAACAGACGUCUCCAGAGCCCAGACAGCAGCAGGGCGAGCAAUGGAAUGAAGGCGUCCUGUCUGGACUCACAAAGAACUGUGAGGAAAACCUGUGAGAGAUCCCACACCUGACACCAAGGUCCCUCAUGGCCUCCACAGUCCUGAAGAGACACUUCAUCCAGGAAGUCAGUGAGUAUCUGCAGGACUCAGCAAGCAGAGAAGACCUGCAGCUCCUGUUGGACGAAGAUGAACUCUGGAAGGUGUUGGUGGCAGAGGCUGAAUUGUCCAGAGCUGAGGAAGCAGCGUUGCAUAAGGCCCUGCUGCCGCUCCUAAGAUUCCGAGCCAUGGAGGACAAAGACAGGCUUCAAAAGGAGCUGCAGGACAGGAAGAGGUUUGUGGAAGCUUUUCCUCAGCUGAAAAGGAAGCUGCAGGCAAACAUCAGCAAGCUCCGAGCUCUGGCUGACCACCUCGAUCAAGUGCACAGGUGCUGUACCGUCUCCAACGUGGUGGCCGACUCCACCAGCACUGCCUCUGGAGUCCUGGGACUUGUGGGUCUGGCUCUGGCACCCGUAACAGUCGGGGGCAGUCUGCUGCUCUCAGCAACUGGGUUGGGGCUGGGGGCAGUGUCUAUUCUGACUGGUGCUGCCACUGUGGUUGUGGAGGAGGCAAGCAGGUGGUCAGAUGAAGCUGAAGCCAAGCGCCUGGUGGCAGACACCAUGGAUACUCUGAAGACAGUGUUUGUCCUGGGGAAGAGUUUGCUCAAACUUUCUAGAAAAACCUAUGAUGUCAUAAAAAGCUUGAAAACCUUGGGACAAAAUAUCCGUGCCAUUAGGGUAGCCAGAGCUAACCCGCGCUUAGUAGCAGAUACCAAGCUCCUCAUGACUACUGGAAAAAUCCCUGCCCGACGUGCUGAUCAGGUGUGGAAUGCCUUUGGAGGCACCGCUUUGGCGAUGACCAAGAAAGCCAGAAUCAGGGGUGCAGCCAUUGCAGGAGUCUUCCUUGUGGUGGAUGUCUACCACCUUGUAAAGGACUCCAUGCAUUUAUAUGAUGGAGCAAAAUCAGAGUCCGCCAGUGAACUGCGGGCCCUGGCUGAGGAGUUGGAGGUGAAGUUGGAAGAGAUUGCUCAGAUCCAUAAGAUCCUACUGGUGUCUUACUGACAGCCACCCGCCCUCAAACAAUAUUGAGAGGAGCACAGGAGGAGAGUGGGACACAACAGCUUCCUUUUGGAUGCAACUGUCUGGAAGGAAAAUAGACCAAGAGGACAAUUACCUUUCAUAAUCUACAAGCACGUGCACCCAUGGGUAUCUCUUUAAAAUUCCACUUCCUGGAUACUGGCUGACAUUUCUGCUGGGCCAGCGACUGGCUCUGUCCCUGAUGCAGCACAGUAAGCAAUGCUCCCACGCAGCAAGCCUAAGGUUCACACAGUAGACCAAGGCGCACGUACACAUGAGACCACCGUAUCCUUUGCCGGCAUGCACCCUGACUCUCUGAAAGGGGAAAGCUUGUCCUCCUCGGAGCUGCCGCCUACAAAGAUGCGCAUCAAAGCAACGAGGUCAAGCAAGCUCCUGUGUUGCAAGCAAAACCAAGAUCUUCUUCAACUGUUCUUCCCAAUGGCCUGUACUCUUGUGGGAAGUCAAGGAACCAACCCUCCCGAGUAGAAAACCACACAGGGUCACAUUAUAAACCCAAGCCCUGGUGUGGGAUCCCAGUAAAAAUAACUUACAGUGUUGUGGGAUAUGUACCAGAGAAGACCGCUCACGUGGGGUUCAGCCAGGAGAAAGUCUUUAUUAGCCAGCCACUGAAUACACUGGGUGUUCCGGGUCCACUGUAGCCCUGGGCCUCUCUCAGGGUGAGCUUUUAUAUAUAAAAGUUCAUAUCCUGGGCUGACAUACUUCAGUUAACAAGAACAGUUAGCCAGAAGAGGAACUACAGAAACCAAAAGGCAAGGUUAGUGCCUAUAGAGACUUUUCCAGAACUGUGGACUUUGAUGGGCUGGGUUUUUGUUUUCCUUUUGUCAGGUGCUGCUGUCUGUGUGCUGAGUUUUCACGGCCUGAAUGGAACUUUCAUCAUGGAACCGGUUGUGCCAAGGUCUGAAGGCCCACUAAUACUUAGGGACCUGGUACAGUAGAAACCUUACACACCCCAAUCAAGGUUUAAGAACUCCA